AUGGACGUCACCGUUACCCCCAGCGUCUCUGUCGGGACCCCCGCGCCUACCGCUUCGACGGACCGCAUCAAGAAUGCUGCGGACAUCUCAGUCAUUGUCAUCUACUUCGUUGUGGUCAUGGCCGUGGGGCUCUGGGCCAUGCUGUCAACCAAUCGUGGGACUGUUGGAGGCUUCUACUUGGCAGGCCGGAGCAUGGUGUGGUGGCCGAUUGGCGCCUCUCUCUUUGCCAGUAACAUUGGCAGUAAUCACAUCGUGGGGCUGGCUGGGAGUGGAGCAGCAUCAGGCAUUGCCAUGGGAGGCUUUGAAUGGAAUGCCCUGAUACUUGUGGUUAUCCUGGGCUGGGUGUUUGUACCAAUAUAUAUCAAAGCCGGCGUGGUGACAAUGCCAGAAUACCUGAGGAAGCGAUUUGGUGGGAAGCGGAUACAAAUCUAUCUGUCUGUCCUUUCUUUGAUCCUUUAUAUUUUUACCAAGAUCUCGGUUGAUAUUUUCUCAGGAGCCAUAUUCAUUAAUUUGGCUCUUGGGACUGACUUGUACCUGGCCAUCUUUCUCCUCCUGGUCAUCACGGGCCUUUAUACCAUCACAGGGGGCCUGGCUGCUGUGAUCUAUACAGACACCUUACAGACUGGGAUCAUGCUGGUGGGGUCCAUAAUCCUGACAGCCUUUGCCUUUAAUGAAGUUGGGGGCUAUGACGCCUUUGUGGAAAAGUACAUGAAUGCUAUUCCAAGCAAAAUCUCUGGGGACAACAUCACCAUCAGUGCCGAGUGCUACACUCCAAGGGCAGAUUCCUUCCAUAUCUUUCGGGAUCCCAUAAAUGGGGACAUCCCCUGGCCAGGUCUUAUCUUUGGCUUGGGCAUCAUCUCCCUGUGGUAUUGGUGCACUGACCAGGUCAUUGUGCAGCGGUGCCUCUCAGCCAAGAACAUGUCCCACGUGAAGGCUGGAUGCAUAUUGUGUGGCUAUAUCAAGAUCCUGCCCAUGUUCAUUAUGGUGAUGACUGGCAUGAUCAGUCGGAUACUCUACACAGAUAAGGUGGCCUGUGUCGUCCCCUCAGAGUGUGAAGCCCAAUGUGGGACCAAGAUAGGCUGUACUAACUUUGCCUACCCAACCUUGGUGAUGGAACUCAUGCCAAAUGGUCUUCGUGGCCUGAUGCUGUCUGUCAUGAUGGCCUCCCUCAUGAGCUCCCUCACCUCCAUCUUCAAUAGUGCCAGCACUCUGUUCACCAUAGACAUCUACACCAAAUUCCGGAAGAAGGCAUCUGAGAAGGAGCUUAUGAUAGCUGGAAGGGUGUUUAUGGUGGUACUAAUUGGCAUCAGCAUUGCCUGGGUGCCUAUGGUGCAGUCAGCUCAGAGUGGGCAGCUCUUUGACUAUAUCCAGUCAAUCACCAGUUACCUGGGGCCACCCAUCGGUGCCGUUUUUCUGCUUGCCAUUUUCUGCAAGAGAGUCAAUGAGCCGGGAGCCUUUUGGGGGCUGAUUCUUGGACUCUUUGUUGGACUGUCUCGAUUGAUUACAGAGUUUGCCUAUGGAACAGGCAGCUGUGUGGAGCCCAGUAACUGUCCAACGAUCAUUUGUGGUAUUCAUUACCUCUACUUUGCCAUUAUCCUGUUUGUAGUGACUGUCAUCACCGUUUUAAUCAUCUCCUUCUUGACCAAGCCCAUCCCAGAUGUGCAUCUUUAUCGCCUGUGUUGGACUUUGAGAAACAGCAAGGAAGAGCGGGUUGACCUGGAUGCAGGUGAUGAGAUGGAAUUCCCAGAAGAUCCUGAAGACAACGUGGAAAUUGACACAGAAACCCCUCAAGAGGAUAAGAGCUGCUUCAGGAAGGCCUAUGACUUAUUCUGUGGACUGGACCAGCAGAAGGGGCCCAAGCUGACCAAGGAGGAGGAGGCUGCCCUCAAGAUGAAGAUGACAGACACAUCAGAGAAACCACUGUGGAGAAAUAUUGUCAACAUCAAUGGGAUCAUUCUCCUGACUGUGGCUGUCUUCUGCCAUGCUUAUUUUGCAUAG